AUGCCUUUUCUUCAUCUUUUUCUGCACACAUUGUUGUUACUAAUACCUGCUUUUUAUUUUCUUUACCAUGUAAUCCACUUUCCCUUUGUAACAUUAAAUCAGGAAUGCUACGCAGUCGCUCGACAGUUCAACUUGAUCCCUCCAAUCGCUGAACAAGCAGAAUACAAUAUGUUUCAUCGCGAUAAAGUUGAGCUUCACAUGCCCGAAAUUUACCAAAAAAUUGGUGUUGGGACAACAAUUUGGUCCCCGUUGGCAUCAGGAAUCCUCACAGGCAAGUAUGACGAUGGAGUUCCAAUUUAUUCACGAGCAGCUCUCAAGAAUUAUGGCUGGUUGAAAGACAAGAUUCUUAGUGAAGAAGGUCGAAAACAACAAGCCCGGUUAAGAGAAGUAGCAGUAGUUGCAGAUAAACUGGGAUGUUCCCUGGCACAACUUGCUAUUGCAUGGUGUCUGCGAAAUGAGACAGUUCACUGUGUACUGCUUGGGGCUACAUCUGUUGACCAAUUGUAUGAAAACAUUCAGGCAAUACAGUAUGUACCCAAAUUGACACCAACAUUGAUGAAUGAGCUGGAUAAACUGUUGGGCAACAAGCCCCUUUCAAGAAAGGACCAUCCACCCAGGUGA